AUGUCAGAGCUGACAAGAAAGCGACAGUCGAGAAUUGGAUACAAUUUCGAAGUUGACGAUGAGAUUCAGAGCUUGUUGGAAAAGGAUGACGAUAUUGCAGCAGAUAUCGACAGCUCAUCGGAAUACGGCUGCGAAGUUCUGGGUGCGUUGGCCGAAAUUAACGAAGCGCUGAGCACGAUAGAGACGAACAAACGAAACGAGGAACUCGCCAACACAUCGACAAGUACAGUAUCCAGUGGGGCACGCUGUAGAGUGAAGCUGCCUAAACUAGAGGUGAAAAAGUUCUCGGGCAAGAUACAAGAUUGGCGUGAAUUCUGGGACUCUUUCGAAAGUUCCAUUCACAACAAUGACGGACUGUCUGAGGUAGACAAAUUCACCUAUCUGAGGGGACUGGUGGAGGAGCCGGCCAAGUCAGCAAUUUCGGGAUUUGCUCUGACUUCGAUUAACUAUACAGAAGCACUGAAGGUGUUAGAACGGAGGUACGGGAGCAAAGUGAUGGUGCAAAGGGCACACGUAAAUGAUUUGAUGAACUUAAAACCCGUGUACAACGAGAGUGACACGACGAGGCUGCGCAAGUUCUUCGACGCGGUCGAAACAAAUUACCGAGGACUCGAGGCGCUCGGUGUAAAGGAGGAAACGUACUGCGAGAUAGUCGUGCCCAAUCUUCUGACAAAGAUACCUGACUCGUUAAAACUAACGAUUACCAGGGGAAGAGACUACUUAGAGUGGGGCAUGAAAGAUUUUGUCGACGCAUUACAAGCCGAAGUGGAGCUGCGGGAAUGCCACAAAUUAGCGGUCGGAGAGAAAGAAGAAGAUCAACGAAGAAGACGACGGGAACCGGGAACAGCUAGCGGGUUGUUUGCCAGCCGAAACAACCGAUUGUUUUGUGCUUUCUGCUGUGGAGAGCACAAGCAUGAAGAAUGUACCAAGGUAACAGGGCGGCAAGAACGGAUGCAACUUCUUCGUAAGUUCAAACGAUGUUUCAUUUGUUUAAAUAAGGGACAUUUAGCUAAAGAUUGUCGUGCACGUAUUAAACGUAGCGUAUGUGGGGAGGGUCAUCAUGUUUCCAUAUGUGAUAAGAGUAAUAAUAACCAGAAGGAUGAAAGAAAUAGUCGGGAAGAAAGUGGACAGGUUAGUGUAGCUAAUGUCCACGUUAGUACUAGAAGUAGAGUGGCUCUUCAAACUGCGCAGGGAGUACUUAUAGGAAAGGGUAAGACAAGAGUGCGAGUGCUUUUCGACUCGGGAAGUCAGAAAUUCUUUGUGACGUGUGACGCGAAGAGGUGUGCCAAGCUUAACGUUGCUAGGCGAGAAUGGUUGGAAGUUAAUACAUUCGGUGGUGGAAGUAACAAGGGUAGAAUGACAGAGGUUGUUCAGUGCGAGGUAUCGGCAGUUCGAGGAGGUCGUAAAAUACGCGUAGAGGCUUUAGUAGUUCCUCAUAUUUGCGCGAUCAAAAAUGAGCAUCUUGAGGUAGAUAAGAACAAGUAUUCGCAUUUGAAGGAUUUGUGGUUGUCAGACGUUAAUUUGAAGCAGGACACGUUAGAUGUUGAUGUUUUGAUAGGUGCGGAUAACCUUUGGGCAUUUCAACAAGUUUCACAGAUUGCAACACAAAACGCAGACAGCAUUAAUGGGGAUGUGAGUAAAUUGUGGGAUUUAGAAACGCUUGGAGUAAGAGAGACUAAUGACGUGCAUGAAGCAUUGCUUGACAAAAUAGAGUUCAAUGGGUCAAAAUAUGUAGUAAAAUUGCCAUGGAAACAGGGUCAUGAGCACUUACCGUCAAAUUAUUCAAAUAGUUUAGCACGCAUGAAAGGGCAGAUAAAGAGGUUGUCAAGUGAGCCAUCAUUGUUGAAAGAAUAUGAUAAAAUUAUAAAGGAACAGCUAGAAACGGGUGUUAUAGAAAGGGUAGAUGAGUCUGAACCUGGGGAGAGCAGAGUGGCCUUGGUAGGAGACAUUGAGAAAGCCUUUUUGAACGUAGAAGUAGACGAAGCAGACAGGAACUAUUUGAGAUUUUUGUGGGUGAGAGAUGCGACUAAUGGUAAUUUAGAGGUUGUAGUGUAUAGGUUUUGUAGAGUAGUGUUUGGACUAAAUGCAUCGCCCUUCCUGCUUAACGCUACGCUUAGACAUCACAUUGCGCAAUUUGCAGAAUCAGAUCCAGUGCUUGCUCAGAAAUUGAAUGAGGGGUUUUACGUGGAUGAUCUAGUUUCGGGGGGCAAGAGUGCACAGGAAACAAUCGAGUUGUACGAGAAAGCGAAAUUUAGGAUGUCCCAAGGCGGGUUUAAGUUAAGAAAAUGGCUUACGAAUGAUGGAAACGUGCGAGCGCUUAUAGAGCAACGUGAAUGCGGAAACAAAGUGACGACGACUACAGAUUCAGACGACGAGACAUUCACACAAUGGAGUUUGGGGGCUCUAAAUAACAAUGACUGCGCAAAAGUUUUAGGUAUAGGCUGGGAUUGUGACAAUGACCUGUUUACGUUUGAUCUACGAAAGUUUGUAGAAGACUUAGGUGAUAAGACGAAACUAACAAAGAGAAGCCUGCUAAGCGCAUUAGCAAAGAUAUUUGAUCCGUUGGGUUUAAUUAGUGCCGUUAUUAUUUUGAUGAAGAUUUUGUUUCAACAAUUGUGUGUUGAUAAGGUUGAUUGGGAUGACAAAAUAGAGGGUAAGCACGCAAAGAUAUACUUAGAGUGGAUUGAGGAUUUAGUUAGGGUUCAAAGAAUUAAAAUUAAUAGAUGCGUUUACAGUAAGGUAAUCGAAAGGGUCGAGUCGUGCGAACUCCAUGGAUUUGGCGACGCAAGUGAGAAGGCUUAUUGCGCAGUAGUGUAUUUUGUUUGUCGCACAAGCUCUUCCGUUCAUGUAAAAUUAUUGGCAGCGAAAACUAGAGUUGCACCCCUUAAGAAACUGACGAUUCCACGUUUAGAGCUUAUGUCUGCGCUUAUGUUAGCUAAAUUGGUAGAGUCAGUAGGGAAAGCUUUAGAAGGGCAGGUAGGAAAAUUGAAGUCAAGAUAUUGGUUAGAUAGCAUCACUGCUUUGUAUUGGAUUCAGAAUAGAGGUGAAUGGAAGCAGUUUGUGAGACAUAGAGUGAAUGAGAUACUAUCAUUGACGAGUAAGGAAAGCUGGGGGCAUUGUCCAGGGGUAGAAAAUCCUGCAGACUUAGGGAGUCGCGGGGUGUUUGCGUCAAAGUUAGAAGAGGAUUCAAUUUGGUGGAAUGGACAAAAUUGGUUGAGCAGUCUAGAGCAGGAAUGGCCUCAGUCUGUAGUGAGUAAGACCGAGGAGAGUGUUCAAGAAGAAAGAAAGGUGGCUGUGUUAGUAGUAGACGCUAGUGAGAAAUUUGGUAUAGACCAGAUUAUCUGUAUAGAUAGAUACAGUAGGGUGGAAAGGUUAUUUCGUGUAACGGCAUGGGUUGCACGGUUUGUCAGGAAUUUGAUUGCUAGGAUCAAAGGGAAGCAUGAGGAUUUGACUUUCACGGAGUUAGGGAGUCAAGAGUUACAGAAAGCAGAAAGACUUUGGAUAAAGGCUUCACAGGACAGGUUAAAGAAGGAAGAUAAGUUUAAGCAGUUAGAGGUACAGCUCAACGUAGUAGAAAAGGAUGGGUUGUUAAAAUGUCAGGGUAGGCUAGCAGAGUCAGAUUUGGAAGAGGAAACAAAAUUUCCUACUUUACUACCAAAGAAGGUCGAUUGA